AUGGCGCAGCAGUUUGCGAUGCCUUCGGGGGCUGACUAUGGCGCAGACACCGGCGGGCCCAGCGCGGUCGUGGAGGAGGAGGAGGAGGAGGAGGGUGCUGGCGAGGACGGGGACGAGACCGGCGUCGAGCCCAAGGACAUCGAGCUGGUCAUGACGCAGGCCAACGUCUCCCGGGGCCGUGCGGUCAAGGCCCUGAAGGCCAGUGGCGGCGACAUCGUCAGCGCCAUCAUGGAGCUCACGAUGACGUAA